CUUCUUCCACAAACUGCUCGCUGUUUAGCCCGGAGGUGCCUCUGCGUGUAGCGGGACGUGCAGCUGAAAGGAGCAAAAAUGCAGCUUUUAGGUUCACUUCUUGUAGUUUUCGCAGUCUGCUGCGUUCAGGCUAAGGUUUAUUUUCGGGAGGAGUUUCUAGACGGUGAUGAAUGGAGAAGUCGCUGGGUGAACUCCAAGCACAAGUCUGACUAUGGAGAGUGGAAACUGACUGCUGGAAACUUCUAUGGAGAUGCUGAGAAAGACAAAGGUCUCCAGACGAGCCAAGAUGCUCGUUUCUAUGCCGUUUCCGCCCGCUUUGACCCCUUUAGCAACGAGGGCAAGCCUUUGGUCAUCCAGUUUACGGUCAAGCAUGAGCAGAAGAUCGACUGUGGUGGCGGUUAUGUGAAGGUCUUCCCCUCCGACUUGGACCAGACCGAAAUGCAUGGGGAUUCCACAUAUUACAUCAUGUUUGGCCCUGACAUCUGUGGCUACAGCACCAAGAAGGUCCACGUCAUCUUUAACUACAAGGGCAAAAAUCACCUCAUCAAGAAAGAUAUUAAGUGCAAGGACGACGAGCUGACCCACCUGUACACCCUGAUCCUGAACCCAGAUCAGACCUAUGAGGUGAAGAUUGACAAUGAGAAGGUGGAGUCUGGCAGUUUGGAGGAAGACUGGGACUUCCUCCCUCCUAAGAAAAUCAAGGAUCCCGAGGCCAAGAAACCAGAGGACUGGGACGACCGCCCCAAGAUCGAUGACGCUGAUGACACAAAACCAGAGGAUUGGGACAAACCUGAAAAUAUUCCUGACCCUGAUGCCAAGAAGCCUGAAGACUGGGAUGAAGACAUGGAUGGAGAAUGGGAGCCACCUAUGAUCCCCAACCCAGAGUACAAAGGAGAGUGGAAACCCAAACAGAUCGACAACCCCAACUACAAGGGAGCCUGGGUGCAUCCUGAGAUCGACAAUCCUGAAUAUAGUCCCGAUUCCACCAUCUACAAGUUCGACAACAUCGGUGUUAUCGGCCUUGAUCUCUGGCAGGUGAAAUCUGGUACGAUCUUCGACAACUUUUUGAUCAGCGACGAUGUGAAGGAAGCGGAAGAGGUCGGAAAGGAGACAUGGGGCGUGACAAAGGAACCAGAGAAGAAGAUGAAGCAAGAGCAGGAAGAGGUAAAACGAAAAGAGGAAGAGGAAAAGAACAAAGAGCAAGCCACUGAGGGGGAUGAUGAUGAUGAUGAAGAUGAUGAUAUAGAAGAAGAUGAGGAUGAAGAUGGAAAGGAUGAGACAGAGGAGACAGUGACAGAAGAUGAUGAUGAUGAGGAUGAUGAUUCAAAGCCCAAAGAUGAGCUCUGAGAAGGUGUAUCUUGAAGUUUCUCUAUAUUUUUAAACCCCCUUCAUACAAACUGUCCUGUCAUUCCCAGGGGUUUUGUGGCUGCUGUGCAUCCUUUUCCCUGAGGUCAGGACAUGACCCAACUUGAGGGUUUGAAGUAGAAAACAUGGGGGAGGGUGUAUGUGUGUUUGAGUGGGUGUUAAGGGAAUCGGUGUCUUUUUAUUUUUUUUGGUUUCCCUUGAACUGCUGAAUUGAUUCUGUGGUUUCUGACCAACAAACUCCAUUCCUCAUUUUGUUAACGACGCAUUCAGUCGGCACUGACAUCUGCUGUUUUUCUUGAUUUUCUUGAUCGCCGCAUCUCAAUUUCCGACGGGAUUAUCAGGUGGUUUACUUUAGGAGUUGUUCACUAGAAACUGCCAGUGAGAUAAAAAAAAAAUAAAUCAGAUUAAAACUUAAUUAUAAGGGGGGGAAAUAGUAAUUUAUUUGUGUUUGUUUCUUUGGCACUGACUGUAACCUUUACGUUUUUGUUCCUGUAAGCUGAAUGAAAUGAUAAAACAAGUCCUAUGAGUAAAUUUUUUAUUUCAAUGUUUUGUUUUUGUAUGUUUCCAUCCAUGGAAGUUUGAUAGGAUUUGCAGUUAAAUCCAGAAAGUCUGGACAAACAGAUGCCUACGUGUCAGUGCUGCUCACACAACGGGUAACGCACAUAUUAAAAAAAAAGUAAACCGGACAGAAUGUGAUUGAUGCCAAAGGUUUUAUUAAAAGAAUACUU